AUGACUGCUUUUUUACUCCAACUUCUGAUUUCCAUAUUCUUCAUACACGGUUCAUUUUCACAGUCGUGCGCUACGAUAGGAUGCCAAGGAGGCCUUCAAUGUGAUUUUAAUACAGGUUUGAUUUGAAAACCACUUUUUUGACUAAAAUAUGGAGACACCAUUUAGGAAUUUCUUUGAGAAGAUUUGUCGUUGAGUUUCUGAAUAUUAAAAUUUUCCACAGUUUCAUCCUUUAUGUUGUCCACUUACAUCCUUGAACGAAUAAUCACCAAAGUUUAGAUGCAAAAAAAUCCGAAAUUCUCCGUCUGAGAAGUUACAAUCAAAAAUUAUAUGCAAAGUUCGAAGGUUCUUGCUUCAAAUCGUUCGUUUUGAAAGUAGUUUAAAAAAAUUUUUUUCACAUAUUUUUUUGUUUGUUUCAAAAAGCUGUUCUAGAUUUACAGUGUUCAAUAAGAAGAUGAAAAUUUUUUCUAGCCUUUCGGAUUGGCUCCGCAGAGCCACAAGUCUUCUUCUUAAUGAUAUUUAGCUGUAGUUUGUCUGUUUUGUGACAAGUAAUCAAAAAAAAAAUGGCUGCGCCUCAUAAAAACGUAGCUUACAAAACUUCCCAAAACUUUACGAUUGCUUUUGCGAAAAUGUAUCAGCAACAUGCUUGUGUUUUUUUGAUUUGUUAUAAAAAUUAGAAAAACGCAUUAAAUAAUAGAAUUUAAAAAAAUUUUUUUGUCGGAAAUAGUGAAAAAUUAAUUCAAAAAAAUCGUGCGGCAGCGGGUGAACCGUGAAUUUGAGCCUUCAGUUGAAGGCCGCGCGCGCGACUUUAUUGACCAUAACUUUUUUCUUACUAGGGAACUACUCGGACUCGGUUACGCGUUUCGAGUUGAAACUUUGGUGGUUUACAGACCCGGGUAAGAGUAUUUGAAAACAAGAGAGACUAUCUGCUAAACCCCAUAGGCUUCUGAGAAAAAGCUUUUUGAAAACAAACAGUUUAGGCUAGAAAAUUGUCAAAUUUUUGCUUUCCUCCUUCUUCUGGCUCGAUAAAAGUUUUUUAGAGUUUAUCGUAGCCGAAUCAUUGGCGAUUGUAUUAAAAUAUAAAAGAAGGUAAAAAGCAGUAUUCUGGAAAUUUUUAGUCCUAAUUUUCACAUUUUCUACUAAUUUUUUCUUAGUUCUAUAUCGGGUUUAACAGGUAUUCUCUCUCUAAGUAUUCUCACUUAGGUCUAUAAACCCCUAAAGUUUGAACUCGAAGCGCGUACCCGAGUCCGAGUAGUUCCCUAGUUAGUGAACCUUUUUUGAAAACUAAACGGAUUCUAAAUAUAGACAGACUCAUCUAUGAAACACUGUAAAUAACAUAUUUUUUGGAUCUUAUCGAAAAAAUGACUUGUGGUCCCCUUUGGAUUAACUUUUUCGCGGUUUACUCGGGGGUUUUAUUGAAAUAUUUGAGAGAAUUUUCAAAUUCCUUUUGUUUCAUUUGAACACAAAAACUCUAUGCAGAGACAAACGUAAGAAAACAAUAUAUUCAGGAAUUUGUCGACAAUUCCGAUCGGCGUUUACUGGUCCUUUCCUAGUUCAGUGUGGUACUUGUCCGGCAGGAACAACUUGCGAUGGGAACACGGGAAUUUGCAGACAGUUCCGUACAGCUGGACAGAUUUUUUAAUUGGGAAAGUUGUGAUUUUGUACUGCAUUAUACUUAUAUGAAAUUGUAUCUACUGCUUUGAAAAGUCUUGAAGGAAGUUUAAAAGAACAGGCAGAGUAAAAAACUUUUUUUGUGAAGGUCUUCGAAAGGCAUUUUCGCGUCUUUCGUAGAUCAUUUCAAAUGUUCUGGGGAUGGAAAAGUUUGAGUAAAAUGAGAACAAUAGAUGAUCCGUGGUCUUCGGAAAGAGAAAAAUCGGUUGAACAAGGAAAGCCGCUCGGGUGAGGCUGAUGGCGUUCCGCGAUAUCCCAAAGUCCUUCUUCAGUUCUUUGCCUCGACUGUUUCCCCUUACUGAAAAUUUUCUCGUCCAUGUUUCAUUGAACUUCAAUGACUUUGGAAUGGAAAUUUUCUUUGUCUAUUCUUUUUCUUUAUAUUUUACUGCGAGCAAUCUGCUUUGAUUGGGAUUUACUCGAGUAAGCGCGUUUUUUUGAACUUAUUUAUGUCAAUAUAUCGUAGCUUCUUUUCUUUGUAAUGAACUUAUUCAAUAAAACGAUUUAUGAGAUAAAUUCAAAUAUUUCUGCAGAGAGCGAGAUGAAUUUAAUUAUCAUAGAAUUUUUUUAUCUUUAUUUUGUACAAAAAAACAAACAAAAAAACUUUGCCAGCGUGUAUUACUCAACUUUCAUCGAGCACAAUGCCAUCAAGCCGCCUACUCAAAAAUUUUUUUAAUAUUGGUUCUUUAAAAUUACUCAGUUCAAAAAUCGGAAUUUGUUUUUUUCUGGGAAGAAUGAAAAAAAGAUCUAAAAACACCUACGUUUAUCAGUUCAGGGAGCGAUCGAAAAUAGAAAAUAUUCCGUUAGAUUGUGCUCCUGUUGUCAAUGGAAGUGAAUAUCCCAAGCCGAUAUUGAGAGCCAAGUUAUGGACGCACCAUUUCGACUGGUACGAAGAUCAGAUCUUCAAAGCGAAAAAUAUGUGAGUUUUUUAAAUCUUCGUCUCUCUGAAACCAUUUAGCAUAUCUCUCAAAUUUUUGAAAUCGUGUUCAGUACCGUGUAGUGAGUUACACAAUUUCCUUUCAAUACUUUAUGAGCGAAUGCUGGAGAAAACGGUCUGAUAACAAAAGGAACGUCAAGUAGAUAUUUUCUAAAACUUUUCGCCCUUCUGGAAAGCGAUUACCUGUCUUUCAGACACGCGUGUACUGAACGGAAUUAGACUUCUCCACAUAUUUCUGAAGCCAUUUGAAAAAAUUUCACUACUUCCAUUUUCUAGUUAUAAUCUAAAAUAGUCUCUACUAUCAAAAAAAUUUUUUUAUAGACUGAUACAUUAAAAAAACACCCAUGUUAAAAAAAUUCAAUUGAAAAACAGCUGCAGAAAAAAAGUCUAUUUAUUCGUAAAAUGGCGUUUUCACAAUCCACAUAAUUGUAGAGCCACCAAGUUUUUGUUGUUCUUCUAAAAAAUUUACCGACUAUUUUCUCUCUUUUUUUUGGCUCAAUAUGUUGGUUCAACCUUCAGCAGGUAAGUAAAACAAGAUGUUGCUAAAGAAGUUAGAAAAUUGUUCCAUUUUUUUUUCUGAAUAGGAGCCAGAUUACGCUGUGACUUUGAAAUAACCUUGAUUUUGGCCAAAAGCUCAUCUUUCAAACGGAGAAAGUGUUGCAAAGGCAAUAAGAGAAGUUCAAUAUUCAUUUAAAAUUAGAAAACGUCAAAAAAAAAAGAAAAAGUUUGAAUUGAAUGGUAAAAAUGCCAUCGAGUUUAAACUAAAAUCGGUCUCAAAGAUAGUAUUGGUUUGAGAUAGUUUUCAAAUAAAGUUUUUUUAACACUAGAUUAAAAAAGGGAAUGCUUGCAGUAAACGAAUUUUUUUAAACUUCUCUCUGAAAGUAGAGAUAACCCAAAAAAAUUCUGAUAGCUGUAUUUAUUUUUUUCUGCUAAAUUUUUUUAAAGACAUUAAAAAAAUUUAUAGUUUUUUUGUAAUGUGAAUCUCAGACUUCUUGGUACCUUCUGUCAAUAACGCAACAUGCCUAAAAUGUUCAGAUGUGCCGUAAUGCACAAAUAUUUUGUGUUUGAACGCGAGCCGUUGUCCGAAGAAGAGCAGGACUUUCCUCUGGCCUACGGUAUCGUUGUUUACAAAGACAUCGUCCAGGUGACAAAUCCUUACAUUUGCUGCGUCAACGCACAUAGUUUAGCUUCUUCUCGAGCUGAGUAUUUUCUACCAUCCGCAAAACACGUAUUGUUUCACUGUCGACCAGGCUGCUACUGACCAAUACCGUGAUGCCAUUAUGAGAAUAGCUGACUGCUUUCCUAACUUACAUGCUUUUGUGGGUGGUGUUUCACUUUUUGAAAAAGACAUUAAUAGAUAAGUUCUAAGGUUCAGAGACUAGCUUUUGUUUUUUGAUCCUUAAAAGCCAAAUUGAAGGAAUAAUUCAACGGUGCUUAUCCAGGCAUGAUAAAAACUUAACGUAGGACUUUCAAAAAAGUUAGAGGUUUUUGAUUUAUUUUCUAUUAUUAUAGCCUGUUUUUACCGAAUUGAAAGGGCGGGACUUCUUUGCGCCUUUCUCGUCUCUCAGUGAGACUCUCAUGUUGACGUGCUGUUCUCAUGUUUCUCUGACCUCGCCGGUGAGGGAACAGAGAGACUUAUGUAGAUACUCGAAAAAAAUCAAGUCGCGGGGGACGGACCAUAUUUUGAACGAUAACCUCAUAGGUUUUUGAAAAUCGCCCUCACAGUGCCAAGUGGGGAACGUUUCUGGAAUGCCUAGGAAAUCUUCAAGAAUCGCCCCUCAACCAAUUUUGGAGAAAGCAUUUAUCUACAAUAUCAAAAAAAAAAACAGAAUAGGUAUCAUAUUACGAAUUAUGAUCCAGUUUUUCAGGCCGGCGCAAAAUCAGAUUGGGGAUCGUUUGGGAUUCUCGAAAACGUCUAUACGUGCUUUUCUCAUCUCACAAAUACUGAUCACCCAUGGAAAUACUAUCAAGUGAGCUUUCUUUCAAAACGUUUCGCAGAAUACCUUGAUUUCAGUACCUCGCUGGUUUUGAUUUUCCCAUGCGUACAAACUUGGAAAUGGUGCGAAUUUUCAAGAAACUCAACGGCUCUUUCAACACAGAUUUCGAUGAAUUCGAUAAUGACAGAUACAAAAACAUGGAAGUGAGUGAAAAAAGUUGAGCAAAAAAACGACAACAAUGAACUUUGAAGGGAGUUAUGCCACCUCUUCCUUUGUACAAAUCAAGCAUGUCGGUGGCAGUUCCUCGUGAGGCGGCCAAUUUUAUGAUUUCCAACAAGAGGGUCAAAAAGAUGUUGCGGUAUCUUCGCACAACGUUCAUUCCGGAUGAAUCAUUCUGGUCUUCUAUUGCCGGAGCUCCUUCUUGUAAAGCUGCUUCAUAUGAAAUCGUUAUAGUUUGAAUUUCAGUACUUCCUUUACCGGGAUCGAUCCGAGCCCGAGACGUUCUUUGGUUUCGCAAAAGUUUUUUCAGCGUCCACCCUUCGGAGUUGAACACUAUAAACUCGAUUGGUACCUCGUUCAUAGGACGCUAUCAAGUGUGGGUUUGGCAGAAGCCAUGCAACGGUAAUGCAAAACCGAGUAGAUUCGAACUGAAAUUUUUAAAGGAAAGAUAACAAACUGGUCAUGCGUGUUCGGCGUUGGAGACAUUGAGGUAAUCGCAAAAAGGCCAGAACUUGUCGCUCACAAGUUUUAUCUCACCCUCGAGCCAGCUGCAUCGUUAUGUCUUGUCAAAGUGAGACUCCAAACGAAACGGUUUUUCAGAAUAUUUUGAUAUUUCACAAAUUAAGGAAAUCCGAAGAAGAAGUCGAGAGAACACAGAUUUUGAUGCCAGAAGCUACGCCGAAAUGCCUACUGUCGAACUCAACGCUGGAAAAUCCAUUACACAACUGAAACACCCCGAUUGGCUUGUUCGAAGUUCUUUCUACAAUCCCGCAUACGAGCAUUUUACUUGA